CCCUACUGAGCCCAAUGGGGCUGCAUAGGUAGGACAGCAGAAUUUGACUCUGUUUUCAGAUGCUUUUUCUGUUUGUUUCUGUUUCUGUGAACGGUGGUGGCUGUGGUGAAGAAGCAUUGCAAUGUUGGGCCAAGGGAAACAAGGCAGCAAAGUGAGGGCUAAGGCAAAGUCUUCUUCAUCUCGGGCUGACUUGCAGUUCCCAGUGGGACGUGUUCAUCGGCUUCUCUGGAAGGGUAAUUAUGCUGAGCAAGUUGGAGCUGGAGCCCCUGUUUAUAUGGCUGCCAUCUUAGAAUAUCUGACUGCUGAGAUUCUCGAGUUGGCUGGCAACGCUGGUCGGGAUAACAAAAAAACCAGGAUCAUCCCCCGCCAUCUGCAGCUCGCCAUCCGUAAUGAUGAGGAGCUCAACAAGCUACUGGAGAAAGUCACUAUUGCUCAAGGGGGUGUUUGGCCCAACAUCCAGGCUGUGCCGCUGCCGAAGAAAACUGAAAGUCAUAAAGCCAAGAGCAAGUAA